ACUAAUGUCACUUAUCUAACGUUUACAAAUUUCAAAACUUUGUUGUGUACUUGUGUUGUUUUCGUGGGAAUAAUCAUUAGUUUUGUAUUUAUAUUUUGAAUUUUGAAAAUUGAGUUUUGUGUAGGCAUUACAUUUUGAUCGAAUAUGAUAUAGUAUUUUAUUAAAAAGUGUUAUGUGGUAUUUUAUACUAUAUAUUUGAUGUUGCGUGGUAUAUUUUAGAAGUGCGAGGCUAAUGAAGAAAGUUAGAUUUGAGAGUCCUGCUAAAGCUUUCCAAUCUUUCGACAUGAACGAGCGCGAGUGUCAUUCACCUCGUCCACUAGUAGAGAGGCAGAUGCAUGCGAAUGCACCUGAUUUAUACAGUCAGGUGAAAGUUUUACCUUACAGUAAUGACCCAGUGCAACUUUUUGAAUGCAGCAAUAGUUCCCCAUUUCCUACAAUGACAAAGACUCCGUUACCUGGUUAUCAGAAAUCCCCUGAGUGGUCACCAUCUCACGACUUGGAACUAAGUAUGUUAGAUGCUUCCUAUCAUGAGCCAAGAAGGCCUACAUUUUGUAGAUCAAUCUUAAAGCCUACUAAUGCUAACCAUAUUGCUGUUGAUGACCAUACAAUGAAAUAUACUCCUGAAACUAGUUUUGCACCAAAGAUAUUGACUGAAAACAAGGUACCGAAACUUCCAAACAUACUGAUUAAAGAUGACGACUUCUUUAUCAAAAGGGAUAACUUAGAUAAAUUUAAUUUAGAUAUGAAUCCAUUAACAAAGCAAUUUAACAAGCUUAGUUUGGACAAAGAAAAUGAUCCUUUCACUAGGAAGUCUGAAAUGGUGCAAGUAGCAGCUAUAAACAUGCAGGAAAAUGUGAAAAGUCAGCCUCAGCCCACUAGAUUUGAAGACACUGAUUGCAGAUGUCACCAUUGUAUUAAAAAGGCUACUCUGACAAACACUCAACAUGUAAUGAAUGAUCGACUGCCUCAGCACCCCAGACCUAACUAUGGUUCUCCUUCUACUGCCCAAAAUGGUAUGAGACACAGUCACUGCCCAUGUGCUUUGCCACCACAGCCUAGAUGCUCUUGCUGCACUCCUUUACCACCUGCUAGAAAAUGCCAGUGCAUUCCAUGUGGUGUUGACAAAACACCUAGUCCAAUUUUGAAUGCAGUUGAUAAAAAGACCUGGGCCAUUGAAAGAUAUGAGCAGAGCAAAACUUCAGGCUCAAUGGAGGUUGAAAAACAAACAAAUAUUUCCAAAGAGAAACGAGAGCCAACAGUAUCUGAUCUUUUUAAAAUAAUAAAACUGCAAAAUGAACAGUUGCAAUUACUUCAAGAGAAAGUGGAUAAGUUCAUUACAGCAAGCCAACAAACACAAGUACCUGCUCAGAAACAUGUAGCCAUUGAAACUGUUGAGAGUGAGCAGCAUAAGAUAUCAAUUGGAGUCAUGACUAGUUUUGAAAUGGUCAGAACUUCAACAGUAAUAAAUAAGGAAAUCUUAAAAACAAAUGACAAUGCACAAAUACAAUGCAAUAGAUCCCAAAUUAGUAUAAAAGAGGUUGUAUCUAAGGGGCAAGCACCUAAUCCAAACUUUUUAGAUGGUAUUACACCUGUAGGUGAUACUAUGAGGGCAGAGUUUGAGGCUCAAGGGAAUGUUUUAACAAACACUCCAAUGAAUGGUUGUGUGCUUCCACUUGCAGGUGUGACUGAAGAGAAAACAUUAAAUGAAUUGAGCCUGUGUAAUGUUCAAGUAGAUAAUGCAACCACACCACUAAUGUCACCAGAACAGAGCUUGUAUUUAGAUGUGAGAGAUUACAGCGACUCCGAUGCAGAUAGUGAUAACCAAUCAAAUGUUGGCUGGACAUAUUACAACAAAGUUAUGACUCAUGUGAAUGGAAUGCUGCAAGAUUCAGACAUGCCGUCUUCAGCCAGUGCCCUAUACAGGAACACCAGACAACAGCUGCAGACUGUACAAAUGCAUAUAGACAAGACUAAUGUUAGUGUUACUAAAAGAGUUAAGUUCGGCGACGAUCCUCUUGGUUUACACCAACCGCAUAUUUAUGCGUCUACUGACACCAGUUUAAAAAUGAACCAGCUAGCCGCCAAGUACCUGAAGAACGGGCCACCGAUUGCAGCGCCACAACGUCCCGCGCCGAGACCAGCCACUGCUCCCGUUGACAUGUCUUUUGCUACCAGGAACUAUAUGGAGCGACAUAAACUGUUGCAAGGUAUACCACAACCCUCGAAGUCGGCUUCUCCUGGUGAGAUGCCACGAUUCUUAGACAUAACUGCUUUGAAACAGCAACCUAAGUUUUUGUAG